GGCGCUGCCCGCCCUUCCUCCUCCUCCUCCUCCUCCUCCUCCUCCUCCUCCUCCUCCUCCUCCUCCUCCUCCUCCGCCGCGCCCGCCCAGGACGCACCGGCGCAGCCAGAGCCCCUCCGCCGCCGCCGGGGCCCGGGGGAGCAGCCGGGCUGCCGCUGGCCAUGGUGGCCCGCCCGCCGCCGGCGGGGCAGGAGCAGGCGCGGCGGCGGCGGCCGCCAUUGCGCGCGGGGGCCGCGGGACUAUGAAGGAUGGAAGCGGACGAGGUGACGAUCCGGGAGCAGAAUUUCCACAGCCAAGUGCGGGAGUACACGAUCUGUUUUCUCCUGUUUGCUGUUCUCUACAUAGUUUCCUACUUCAUAAUCACAAGAUACAAAAGGAAAGCAGAUGAGCAAGAGGAUGAAGAUGCCAUUGUUAACAGAAUAUCGCUGUUCUUGAGCACCUUCACUCUAGCAGUUUCAGCUGGUGCAGUCCUGCUUCUACCUUUCUCAAUAAUCAGCAAUGAGAUCCUGCUUUCUUUUCCACAAAACUACUAUAUUCAGUGGUUAAAUGGCUCACUAAUUCAUGGUUUGUGGAAUCUUGCUUCUCUUUUUUCAAAUCUAUGUUUGUUUGUGUUGAUGCCCUUUGCGUUUUUCUUCCUGGAAUCAGAAGGAUUUGCUGGCUUAAAAAAGGGCAUCAGAGCACGCAUUUUGGAAACCCUUGUAAUGCUCAUCCUUCUUGCACUGCUUAUCCUUGGAAUCGUAUGGGUGGCUUCAGCACUCAUAGACAAUGAUGCUGCCAGUAUGGAGUCUUUAUAUGACCUCUGGGAAUUCUACCUCCCAUAUUUAUAUUCCUGUAUAUCACUGAUGGGAUGCUUGUUACUUCUGUUGUGCACGCCAGUGGGACUCUCACGGAUGUUUACAGUAAUGGGUCAGUUGCUGGUGAAGCCGACAAUCCUGGAAGACCUAGAUGAGCAGAUGUAUAUCAUCACUUUGGAGGAAGAAGCAAUUCAGAGGAAGCUUAAUGGUGUAUCUUCCACAGUGGAAUACCAGACAGUAGAGCUGGAACGGGAGCUUGAAAAAGUGAAAAGCAAGAAAACAAAUCUAGAAAGGAGGAAAAAAGCUUCUGCUUGGGAAAGGAAUUUAGUCUAUCCAGCUGUCAUGAUAUUGCUACUGAUUGAGACGUCCAUCUCAGUUCUCUUGGUUGCUCUCAACAUUCUUUACCUGUUGGUAGAUGAGACUGCAAUGCCAAAGGGAUCAGGGGGGCCUGGAAUAGGAAAUGCCUCCCUAUCCACCUUUGGCUUUGUGGGAGCAGCACUUGAAAUCAUUUUGAUUUUCUAUCUCAUGGUAUCCUCUGUUGUUGGCUUCUACAGUCUUCGUUUUUUUGAAAAUUUCACUCCCAGGAAGGAUGACACAACUAUGACAAAGAUCAUCGGGAACUGUGUCUCCAUCUUGGUGCUGAGCUCUGCUUUGCCAGUGAUGUCAAGGACACUGGGAAUCACCAGAUUUGAUCUGCUUGGAGACUUUGGAAGGUUCAACUGGCUGGGGAACUUCUAUAUUGUACUAUCUUACAACUUGCUCUUUGCUAUCAUGACAACAUUGUGUCUGGUCAGAAAGUUCACUUCUGCUGUGCGAGAAGAGCUCCUGAAGGCAUUAGGAUUAGAUAAACUUCAUCUAUCAAACAAUCCAAGAGACUCGGAGACAAAGCCGUCCGCAAAUGGCCAUCAGAAAUCACUGUGAUAACAAUCACCUGCAAUCAACAGAGCUGAAAACAUCAACCUCAUGGCAUUCCUAUCAUCUCAUCAGCAUUUUUAGAUUGCUUUUAGUUGUUGUUAGUUUGGGUCCAGCCUUGUCUCAUUUUUGAUGCUCUGUGCUUCUGAGCAAGUUAGGUGUGUCACAUUCUUCUCUUUCCAGUGAACUUUUGGUCUGCUUGUUUAUUUCCCAGUAAGUUAAUGCAGGAGGUGCCUUGAAGACUGGAAACUGAAGAGAAUAAUGCAUUCCUUUUUAUUUGUUGAAAGUCUCACAUCUUUAUUUUUAAACUUGUUACCAUUUUGAAUGCACAGUACCUCCUGUGUUACACAAACACAGCUAUAAAGAAUAACUUUGGGACUUGGUUAAAAAAAAAAAAGAAGAAAAGAUACACUUGAAGCCCAAUAUGACCCUUACUGGAAAUGUAAAGUACCUGGAGUAGGCAUCCUUGACAGGAGACAAACAGUUCUACAAGAAUGUCUUAAAAAUAGCAGUAACUGGUGGAGAUCACAGUUCGCUUUGUGCUGCAUACAGUAGGCUGUGUCACGAUGCUUUCUUGGAAGGCCAAUGUUUUCAGCUGUCUGUCCUUAGCUCUAAAUGCCAGGUUGCUUUACUGGUGGUCAAACAAUGUCUUAUUGAAGUCCACAUGAAGAUUACCUUCAGUGUUAAAUCUGAGCCUAGUAUGCUUUGUAAAAAGCUGUGUAGACCCCCUGUCACAGCUCUUACAGUUCUGUGAGCUACUGUGCUGUGGAGGUCCUUUACCCUUCCCAGUACCCCCCUGUAAAAUUCUUGAUGAACUACUGUGUGUAAGCAGUACUUGUAAUCAAUGCAAGGAGCACAGGCCUAGGAGGCUGCAGUUGCAGUUUUCUACAGUCUUUAAUUUGAAGUAAAUUUCUCUGAAUUUGUACUUCGGUUACCAGGAUUUCUGUUCAGUGGCACAGUUCAGUGUCUGUCACUAGCCUGUUUUUUUAAUGUACACAUGAAGAUGUAUAUAGGCCUAUAUGUAUAGAUAUCGUAAAUUAAGAUUAUAGAGAUGACAUAGGUGGUUUGAUAAGUAAAACUUGUGUGUUCAAUCUUGGUAGUUUGAAUUUCUGCAGUGUUACAGUUUAACUGCUCAGAGGCCUUAGAUUCAGGAUGGCAUUGGUGGGUGGUAACAUCCUUUCUCAUAGCAUUACUGCAGCCUUGGGAAUCCUGUAAGCAGUUUACAGUAAAGAAAAAAACCAAGUAAGUAUUCAAAAUCUGGUUGCAUUUUUGUCCUGUUUCAAACAGAUUGGAAUGGGGACAUGUUCAGUGAGUGCCCAUCAUGUAGGGAGCCAGAAAAUGUUCCUUUUUAUUUCCCAUUUCUAUAAAACAACUGUGUCAGUCUGUCUGUAGUUUGGGGUUUUAUAUGUGAUCAGUUGGGGACAACUUGCUUUCCACUGUGGUUCCGAAAUAAGGUAAACCUUGUGUCAGAAACUCUUUGACUGUUCUCCUGAGAUGACUGCUCUGGGCUGUCGCCCUUAUUGCUGUCUGUGUGAAUGUCUGCUUGGUUUUUUCACUAAAGUGCUUAAAAAAAUCAAGCUCCAGUACACACGAGGAUUUCUCUCCCUUUUUUUUUUUUUUAAGCUACCUUUUCUGACUUGAUCUGGGGCAUAAUGUAAAUAUUGCUGUAGUAAAUAUGAUGCUAGAGAGUUACUUUUUUGUGUGUGUGAUUGGUAUAAAUGCAAGGCUUAUUGAACUGACUGUUGAUGUGUUGUACCAAGUCUUGGAAGACAAAGUAAAAUUGCUUGAUUUCACUAAGAUUUACAAGCAUCUUUUCUGUUGUUUGAGUUUAAUGCUGACACUUUAGAGAGAAAUCUUUAUCUGAGUCAAAGUUCUGCAACUAAGAACAGGGAGCUGUAACUGAAAGUUGUUUUAAAAUGUGUUUACAUUUAAAAUAUUGGGAGAUGUAUUAUUAGGGGCACCAUUCAGGUAUUCUCACAGCUUGUAGCCCUAUGUGUUAGCAUUAUAGUUAAAAACAACUGAAAUGUGUCCACUUCUUCGUGCAAGUCAUUGUAUGACCAAAAUUGUCCUCAUGUCUUGAUGGGGCUGGUGAAUUGUGGUGUGUGAGGCCAGUUAGCUGUAUAGAAAUAUUUUUGUUACAAAAUUAAGACAGUUAUUUAAAUACACUCUGUGAAACUGAAGAAAUUAAUAUUAGGAAUACACCAAGGGAGUGUGAACCAUCCUUGGUCUUGCUCUUCAUGCCUUUGGAGAGAUGUUUGUCCUGACAUGAGUGACCCAGGAGCACAGAAAAGGGUGGAUUAUACUGUGUGUGUGGUUUCUGAAAGUGAGUUGGGCAAUUACUUAAACUAAGCAGAGGCAGUUCCUGCUGAGAAGCACCCAAGCUUCAGGCAAGGCUUUAAAACUCAUUUUCAAAACAAGCAUUGCAGCCUUGACUGUCUCCACCCCUUCUGCUGGGUAUUGCAGGCAGAUGUAUGAGUUAAGCUAUGUAUGGAAAGAUUUUACACUGGAAUCUGUGGGAUAGUUGAGAUGCUGUGUGGUUUCCAAGGUGGACGGGAAAUUCAGAACUACCCUGUGCAACUACUGACAGUGUUUUGAUUUUAAAUGAGCUGUUGAUGUUGUGACACUGUCCACAUUAAAAUACACCUUUGGCCUUGAAAAUGACAUGCUUAUGCAAAACUUCGUUACUGCGUGUAAGAUACAGGUCACUGUAUACUCUUCACAGAACAUAUUGUCACUUAAAUACAAGCAACUGGUAAUUCAUUAAUGGAUAUUGACAGUACAUUCCUAGUAUUUUGACUCAUGUAGAGUCAGGUGUUCUAUACCUUCAAGGUAUAUACAGCUGAUCUUAGUAACAUUAACAUCUGCCUCACUUCUUAUGAGGCAAAAGCACAUCAAUGCUUCCAUCUUCAACUAGAUACCACACAAGACCAAAAAAUAGAUGUAAACUAAGUGUUUUAAGUUAGCCAUUUCUUGGCUUUAUUCUGUGUUGGUAGCACAAUAUUAAAUGGAGUGGCAGAACUGUAAUAUUGUGGGGUUUCUAAGCCUAAAGCACACAUGCUUAUCACUUUUAAGCUAAAAGUUAAUGGUAUUGUUUACUGUACAAGUAGCAAUUUUUGCAUUCAUAGGAAGCUUUGUUUACUGUCUGUAAUGUGAUGUUUAUCUUUGUCCCUGCUCCUCCAAUACCUUUGACCCUGUUGACUGUUUUAGUGUCAUAGAAAUUAAAGGAUUUGACAAGUUGUUUUCCUUGUCUGGUUCCCAAGUACCACCUCGAGCACCACAGAGGGGAGGGCAGGAGCUCCUGCAGCCGUGUGCUCAGUGGGAUGGACAGUGACACUUCCUCCAGUGUGUCACCAGGAGUGGUGAGUGCCAAGGGGCUGCAGCCCUCCUCUGUCCCACCAGAUCUCUGCUGCUCUCCCGUGUGUCUCUGCAGCAGCUGAUGCUACUUGAGGUGCUCACAUGUGCCUACUGCUGUGUAGUAAAGACAUGAUGGCCCUUUUCUUAAAGAAUUUACUGUCUAAAUCAGAAAGGAAUAAGGUAGAAACAGGUAGAAAGGAAUAAGGUGGAAACCUCUUCCUGCAUAUGGGCUUUCCUUGAAUUCUUAAAUUUUUUUUUUUAUUUUCCUUUUUCUUUUCUUCCUCUUCCAGAGGCGGGAUGGUGGCAUACAUACAGCAGCUGAGCCUCAAGAUCAUAUUCUCUGAUCUUGAAAAUAGCAAUUUUUUCUAAUCUAGAUGAAAUAAUUUAAACAGAGACAGGACACUAAGGCCUUACACAUAAGUAACCUCUUUAAAAAGAAAUGUGCUUAGUUUAAUUUUAAAAAGUAUUGAUGUGAACUGUGAACCUCUAACUGCUUUAAUGAAAUAAGAUCCCCUGCUCCCUAGCAUUAGGAUUUUUGUUAUUUUAGUGCUGACUUGAGACAAUAUUCCCUACACUGACUUCCCUCCCCAACCCAUGACUAUUGAAUUUGCUGUUGGUAAGCUGGCAGGUUAUUUCAGUCACAUUAGCAGUAUUUGAACUCUACAAAAAUGCUUCUUUUGAAUUCAUCCCAUUCAGGGAGAGCAGUCUAAGCCCACAGCCACCACCCAGAUGGUGAUAUAACCUCUGCUCCUUUUUCUACCUUGCCCCCUGCCCUUACCUCAGGCAAGGUAUACACAGUCUCUGUUGUAUGAAGUUGUGAUGGUCCUUUCUGUGAUUCAGGUGUGAGAUCAGCCCGUGGUGUGUCCCUCUGCCACACACAGUUCUAGGUGCUGAACUGGCUGACUUCAGGUGGGGAUUGCAGCCUUGGGUUUCCAGGUGAUAGCUGGGGUGUUUUUGAGCUGGAGCUUGUCGCUUUCGGCUCUUCAAUUGGGGCUCACAAGUUGUUCAGGAUCUCCUGUCUGUACAUGACUGUGCAGUCAUUCUCUAUUUGAAUGGCUUCCUGCUGUCCCAAGAGUGCUGCAUGGCUCUGAGAGGAACUGUGUCCCCCCAGACCACAGUUGUUGCACUUUAACAAUUAAAGCCUGAGAAUAUUGGUCCAGAAUCUUAGGAAGGAGAACACAUCUCAGGAGGAAUUAACGCUAAAAGUGGCUUCCAGAAUCCCCACUGUGCCCAGUAAUUGGGGAAGGGUGGUAGGAAAUGAUGUGAGCUCACCUGUGCAGACUGUUUGAUUAUGUUCCUAGUCAGCCUUUAAAAUUCCAUGUUACUAAAACUAUAUUUAAAAUCCUGAAGUUCAUGGAAUUCGGGGGCUGAUGAAACUUUUUUCUAAAUCUGGCCUUAAUUCUUGAAGACAUCUAACAUCUCAUCUUGCUUCCCUUUUUUGUGUUUUCAAGUCAUUCACUGUCGUACUCUGUGACGUUGAUGUUUAGAACAGAUACUCUUCUUGAUCCAGACAAAACAUGAAAUAGCAGAAGAGGAAUCUACAUAGAUCUGAUGUAUGCACUGUAAGAAAACAUACCAGAAGGCAGCUUUAGUGGAAGGUUUUUGAAAUGUUUCACAGUUGAAGCACCUAAAACUCUUCUUUCUAAGAGAAAGAAGAAACACAUAUCAUUAGUAUACAAAUGUCAGUUGUAGGGUUUCUAAAUAUGCCUGUGAUUCACUGACACUGAAAACAACUUCAUCAAUUCUUAGAAUCUGUUUUGUGAUUCACAGUGCAACGUUAUCUUGGACUUUAUAGAAGCCUGUGAACUUCUGAAAAUAUCUCUGGGCAACAGAAAACCUGAGGAUGCUUGCUACUUCUGUGUUCAUCACCAUAUUUUUUUCAGUAACUUUUAAAGUUUCAUUUAUUGCUCUUAGAUUUUUUUUUUAAUAUAUAUAGCAUUAAAUGUUUUAACAAAUAUAGAAGGUGACUCCAAACAGCCAGUGGUGUCAGAAGUAUCCUGUACAUACUGAUACUCCUGACAUAUCUAAUUCCAAGCUAUUUAAAAGCUGUAUCUGUAUGAAGGCCUCACAUAAACACAGAAAUUAGGAAAUCCUAAUUCUUCAAGGUGUUUAGGUGUCUGAACGUUCAUAUAUACCUACAUGAGCAUUUUGGGAUGCUGCUUCUAAAUGUUUGUUGAUCACUAACCUUAAGUGUUGCUGUUGCUUCUGCUCCCCCUCCCCCCAUUACAUUAAGUUUUAUAGACAGCAUCACUGGAUGAAGCUCCUUCCUGAACAGGGCUUUAUUUUGCAUUCCUCAUAUAUUCAGUGCUUCCAUAAAUACCAGCUGUUGAAGUUUUGGGGCACUUGCUUUGAUUUUAAUAUAUUUCUUUUCUCACAUAACCUGUACAGAGACAUUCCCUAGUUAGAACUGUUCCUCCAUCGUGAAAAUGUUAGCAUUUAUUCAUUAAUUUUUUGUUUUACCACUAGAUUCCAUUUAAACAAUCCUGUCACUAGAGCAUCCUCUAACAAAUUACCAAGAGAUAAGUCAGUUUGAAUUAGGAGUAAGAGGGAAAAGGUUUAGUCAUUGCAUAUAUUUGUGAUUUUUAACUUCCAGUGGCAUGAGGCAACCAGCCCCUUUCUCAGUGGGAGUGAUGUGCUGGUAGAGCCACUCUGAGCCUGUGCCGUGGCAGUCACUGCACAGUAGCUGAUGUUCUGUGGAGCUGCUGCAGUUCAUCUGCAGUGGGAUUUAUGGGAGUGGGACCACGGCUCUCUGUGCCUGCUGCCUCGCUCCAUCAGAGAUGGACACACGUUGUGUGGGCAGAGUGUUCUCCUCAGUCAGGCUUCGUGUGGUCCCAGGGUGAGGAUUUCCGUGUGUUUUUGUACCUUUGUAUUUCAUGUGUAUGAGCAUGUUUUGGACCUUCUCUCCUCAUGUAAAGUGGUCAUUCAGAAAAGUGGCAUGAUGGCAGUACCUGUGCUGUGGAUACAAUGGAUGUGUUGAAAUGCUUAAGGAGAAAAUUAAUUGGUGCAUGACUUCCCCAUUUCCACCUAACCAUGAGUUUUCCAGUCUGGACAAAAAUUCUUAGAGUCACAAAAUCUCUGUGAGUAACUUUCUCUCCCCGGCUUUAUAUAACUAAAAAAGUUGAGCCACUUACCAUUUCUUAAAGGUAGGUUUCAAAAGUAUUUUUCCCUUACCUGCUAUGAGUUCUAAUGCUUUAAAAACAAAUGGAUAGAAAAUGAAGAUACAUUUGGGUCACGGAUUUGAAAUCUCAAAGUGUGUGUAUGAAACACAUGUAUAUACAAAAAAAGGCUACAUUUCCUUUCCUUCCCUGUGGGGUUUGAGACCCAACCUUAUGUUACCUAAAUAGAAAACACACAUUGCUCUUGUCUCCGUGGAGCUUUGUCUUUAAAAUUCCCACUGAGGAGACAGAGAACAUUCUCAGAGUGCUGCUGGCACUCUGAUCCCUGUCACCUGGGACCAGCUUCACGUGGGCUUGGAUGAUGCGACCGUAAAAGUACGAUUCUGAACCGGUGUUUCUGUGGCUGUUGCUGCUGCUGGCUGGGCUGUAACGAUGGCAGCAGACACCUUCUGUCACCCACUUUCAGGUUUUUCAUCGCAGUGUUACUGGUUGAGAUCUCAGUUUACAAAAAAAAUUAGAAAUUACGCACAAUCUGAACCGUGUGAGGCUGGGAGAUGUUGAACAGGGAAUUGGUGGUCCCCUCUCGGUCCAGUUUGUGCUUAAGGCUUUGUAAACUCAAUCUUGAGCAACUGAAUUUCCUUUCACGUGGAUGUAUCUGACCAAGGUAUAAUACAGCUGAAAAAUUGUGCUUUUAGCGUUACUUAAAUCCAAACAAUACCUUCUCCCCACCAAACCUUUCCCAGUUUGUUUUAGGUCAUCCAGGAAUACGAUUUAUAAUGUUCUCUGUUGUGGAUCCUUUGUUGUGUUACAAAAAUAAAUGAAAAUACUUGCUGCCUUAGGUAGGCUGAUUUUUUUUUUUUUCUUUUUGUGAAAAGCAGUGGUAUUGUGUUUUUUCCUUUGUUUGAAAUGUUACACUGAAUGUUUUGUAGGAAGAUUUUUUUUUUUACUGUGUUUUCAAUAAAGGUAAAGUGUGAUUUAUA